AUGAGAGAAAUUUUGUCAGUCCAACCCGCGAUCAAAAGGGGGAAGACCGAGGAGAAACAUGUGAUUAGUUUCUCAACUAGGGACCUAGAGCGCAUUCAAACGCUGCACAACGACGCCCUAGUUGUCACCCUCCGCAUCAGGGACUUCGAUGUCAAGCGCAUUUUGAUUGGCCAAGGAAGCUCGGUUGAGAUUAUGUACUACGACGCGUUUAAGCAACUCAAACUCCGGGACACAGACUUGGCUCUGACAACUUCACCACUAGUUGGUUUCAACUUACAGCCGGAGUGGCCUAUGGGAAAGAUAAUCUUGUUAGUCAAAGCCAGAUCUGUGGUCAAGCAAGUGGAGUUCUAG